GGCUGAAGUGGGCGGGUCCACGCAGGCGCCCGCGGCGCGAGGGAGAGGCGAGAGAGUUGAAUAUAACUUACAAAUAAUAUGUCUCCUGAAGUUGCCUUAAACAGAAUCUCUCCAUCACUUUCUCCUUUGAUCUCCAAUGUGGUGAGAAAUGGAAAAGUGGGAUUGGAUGCAACUAACUGUUUAAGGAUUACUGAUCUGAAAUCUGGCUGCACAUCAUUAACUCUUGGGCCCAGCUGUGAUCGAUUUAAAUUGCAUAUUCCAUAUGCUGGAGAAACACUAAAAUGGGAUAUAAUUUUUAAUGCUCACUAUCCUGAGUUGCCGCCUGACUUUAUCUUUGGAGAGGAUGCUGAAUUUUUACCUGAUCCUUCUGCCUUGCAUAACUUGGCCUGCUGGAAUCCUUCAAAUCCUGAAUGCCUUCUGCUUGUUGUAAAAGAACUUGUACAACAGUACCACCAGUUUCAAUGCAGCAGAUUACGUGAGAGCUCUCGGCUCAUGUUUGAAUAUCAAACAUUACUUGAAGAACCUCAGUAUGGAGAGAACAUGGAAAUUUAUGCUGGCAAAAAGAACAACUGGACUGGUGAAUUUUCAGCUCGUUUCCUUCUGAAAUUGCCAGUGGACUUCAGCAAUAUCCCUACCUACCUUCUCAAGGAUGCAAAUGAAGACCCUGGGGAAGAUGUUGCUCUUCUUUCAGUCAGUUUUGAGGAUACAGAAGCUACUCAGGUUUUCCCCAGAUUGUAUCUCUCUCCUCGAAUUGAACAUGCUCUUGGUGGAUCUUCUGCCCUUCACAUUCCUGCUUUUCCAGGUGGAGGCUGCCUCAUUGAUUAUGUUCCCCAAGUAUGCCAACUGUUAACCAACAAGGUUCAGUAUGUUAUCCAGGGUUACCAUAAGAGAAGGGAAUAUAUUGCAGCAUUUCUUAGUCACUUUGGAACUGGAGUGGUAGAGUACGAUGCUGAGGGUUUCACAGAACUCACUUUGUUGCUGAUGUGGAAGGAUUUUUGCUUCCUUGUUCACAUUGACUUGCCACUGUACUUUCCUCGGGAUCAGCCAACUUUGACAUUUCAAUCGGUCUAUCAUUUUACUAAUAGUGGAGAACUCUAUUCGCAAGCCCAGAAAAACUACCCCUAUAGUCCACGAUGGGAUGGCAAUGAAAUGGCCAAAAGAGCAAAGGCUUAUUUCAAACUAUUUGUCCCUCAGUUCCAGGAGGCAGCCUUUGCAAAUGGAAAACUCUAAAAAAGGGGGGGAAAACAACCUCAUCCUGAGAAAAUGCCAAACAGAUUCUUGUGCCCACAUGCUUGUCAACAGAUUGCAAGAUAACUUCCUGAAGCUUGGGCUUCAGCAUUUAUUGGAGGGGGGUUUUUUGCCUCUGGAGUGUCAUUGUGAUCAUCAUAGACCAAACUCACUUUGAAUAUAUAAUGAGAACUUUGGCUGAUUGACUUCAAUACAGGGUCUUUUUUUCCCCCCUUAAUUUUCCCAUAUGCAGAAACAUUGCUUCCUUACUUGCUUGAUGGAAAUUCAAAAUGUAUUGGAUAAAUGUGAUUUUUCUUCCUUGUGUUUUGCUUAUUUCUAAAUUGCUUUUUUCUAUGCCAAUGUUUAGAGUUUUCUGUGAAUUUCUGCAUGCUGGAAUUUCUGUUUUUUGACACAUUAGAAGUACACUGAAAAUAAAUGUACAAUAAAUCUGUCUUAUUAUGCCUGUGCAAUUCUCUGUAUCCUGGGUUGAUUCUCAUGGGAGAGGGAAGGUAUGCAAUGAGAUCAGCUGUCAGUUGCCACAAAAAUGGGCAUGCCAUUUUUAGCAUCUUUAGUUGCAAACCUUAUUGCAGAAUUUACCUUCAUAUUUUAUUAAUUAUCAAAACAUAACUUGUCAAAAGCUGUUUGAUUGCCACUAAGAAAUGGGUACCAUUUAAACAACAGUAGUGGCUAAUAAUUUAAGUUAAUUCUGUGACAUUUCUACCUAACUUUACAAUCCUGAUGAGAAAUAAAUAUUAUAAUUGAAAUAACAUAGAGCUUUUCCUGUUUCUAUGUUAAUACCUUGUAACAAUUCAACCUAAUUUUUUCAUUGUAAUUGACAUUAGAAGACUGUAUGGGAAACUAUUACUGGAUGCAUCACUCUUUCUAAUACAGAAAUAGUACAUUCGGUGUUAGAUCCAUUCCUUUUUCCUUUCCUGUGACAUAUUUAGGCAAAUCACUUGUCUCUGACUUGCAAUAGAGUAACUUCCCAUAUUUGUAAAUAGCAUAAGGGGAUUUUCCAAAUGGAAUAAAAAAUUCGUGAUGUUAUAGGUAGCAUAUUGCAAACAUAUGUUAGUUCUCCAGAGAGUUAAGAAUUGAACUAACAAACAAAUGCACCAACUAUUUGAAAAACUAUUACUGUAUGAACGCAAAACCUGAUAUUUCAAUUUGUUGCAUAGACUAUAUUUUGGUGAAUCUAUGAAUCUUAUAAUAACAUUUGCAUUAAAAUAUUUAAGGGAUAUACUCUGGCCCAAAUUUCUGUUAGCCAUGAAGCAUAUUUGGUGCUUUUGACUGUCCUACCACCUGCCUGCCUUCAGAAGGUUCUUUGAAGAUAAAACUGAAAUAACCUAUAAGAAACUCUGAGUUUCUUGGAAGAAAAGUUUUCAAUGUUCCGGAUGCAUAGUGCUAAAUGUAUAUUGUUAAUCCAAUGAUAUGUGACAGAUGACAGGCCCCUGAGCAGGAUUUAAUCUGCAAUGGCAUCUUUAUAAGCAUGGCUAGCCCUAGGCCAGAUUGCACUCCAAGCAAAAAAUGUUUUUAGAUUUUCCCCCUACCCUCCACCCCACUAUUCACCUCUUGAAUACCUUUGGGUUAUUAAAUAAUUUGUAGCCCAUUCUCACUGCUAACAAAGUGAUAUGUCAGUAAGAUUUCUCUCUCAUUAAAAUUAUACCUUAACAUGCAUGGAUUACAAUGUAGUCAUUCAUCACCCCUUACAUAGUUUGCUGAAUGGGCAAUGAUAUUAUAAACUCUUGACAAGUUGUGGUGGUAACAAAGUCAGUGCAGCACUCAGGUCAGUAGCAGUAAAGACAAACUGAAUGACUUUUUCAUCUGUUGAGUAGACGGCAUAUGGCAGGUGCAUCCCAAGGGCCAUUUGUCACCAGUUAAAUCCAGUCCU